AUGUGCAAGAAGAGACCACCUGGCUACGUUCCGAAGCCUCCUAACAAUUUUAUGUUGUUCAGGUCGGACACGGUAAAGGAGCUCACGGCUCGGGAUGCGCAGCUUGGUCUUCCACUGCCCGCGCGUCAACACUACUCGAAGCCGGUCGCCGCUCUGUGGCGCAUUGCCAAGAAGAAGCACCCAGAAGUGGUAGCAAAGUACACAGCGCGAGCCAAGCAAGCACGGGCCGCGCAUAAAUUGAAGUACCCGGAGUACUGGCAAGCGCGAGCGCAGAAGAAGAGCCAGCAGCGCGCACCCAAGCGUGCGCAUGCGCCGCCCCCGCCGCUCGCUCAGGGCAUGGACACAGUGGCUGGACAAGCGACGACAUCCCGCCCCCAUGGAUACAACUCCCCGGGGUCGCUCCCGGAUCUGUUGCCGUCGACCGCCUCGACAUCUGCCCAGACUACACCGGGACCCGGCACGCCAUAUGCGGCGUACGGACACUCGCCGUCGGAAGGGCAGUUGCAUCAACAGCAGGCAUCGGCGCAGGGUCAGCCGUUUGGACCGUCGGUGGCAGAGCAGUAUCAGCACGCGAUGUUAAGGUACACCCACCAGCAGAUGUUGGCCCAGGACCGCGCCUUCGACGGUCAAAACACGGCUGGCUUUUCGAUGGGGCCCGCGCCUCGGCAACGGACUGGACGGGCUGAAGACGUCCGUGGACAGCCGUACGCACACGCGGCGGCGUCCAGGAGGCUCACUCAACAGCAACCGCAAAGGCGACAGGGUUCCAUGCAGUCCGCGGGCAACCAAUACGCCGCGCCUCAAGCACCAGCGGACCAGUACUACCCUGCUCCGGAGCCCGUCGCACACGGUCCGUCUGCACAGGCCGUGCAGCAGCGCAUGCCCAUACAACGUCUGCCUCACCCGCCCCAGCCGCUACAGAUGAGCGCGGAGUUCGCCCAGCCUGGCGCGGGGUUCUAUCACUCCGCGGAAGCCAACACGAUGCCCACAUAUCCUCAACAGCCUCCAGUGCAAUUUCCCCUUGGACGCAUCGACGACCACCACUACGGCCUUCUCCCCGACUCGGCCUUCUUGCCUAUGCAAGCGGAGCCAUCGCAUUUGUCGUACUCGGGGCUGGCACGCUCCCGUGCGCCGGUGGCCAAUCGCCUCAGGCAGUGGAACAUGAUGCCCGCGUCGUCUUAUGGGUUAUUGGAGGCUGAGCAAUUCACCUUUGAGCACGAGGCGAACACCAACGAUCCCUACGGCCCCGAGCUCUAUGAACCCCAGAUGGCCGGUACUGCCACCCACAACAGCUAUGGGCCCAUGGAACCGUAUGGGUCGGGCGCAACCGGAGCGACAACGGAUACAGCACGCGACUCCGUGGGUUGGGAUUACGCUGAGUCUUUCCCUUCCGAGUCGGCUGUCCCGCCAUCUCUCCCGAAUUCGAGCGGCGCCUUCCAGCAAUCAUCGUAUGUUCCGACGAACAUGGACUAUGACCCGGCCGUCGACGAUCAGUACGCCCUAGGUCAAGGAUACUACGAGGCUCAGGCUCGGGCCAAUGCGACCCAGCAGCUAUCUUCCGCGGAUGAUUUUCCGUUCUCGGGCACCUACGACUAUCUGGGGACUCCGCCUCAGGACACCAUCUACAGCGAGGGCGUGUCGUCGGACAAGUCUAUGGAUGAGCUUUUCGAUUGGGCGCUCCAGUAUACGAUGGAUGCGUGA